AUGAAGGACGAAGGCUCGGAGGACGAUAAAGACGCCAUCUCAAAGCCGGUACCACAAGUAGAAAAAGCUCCAGAGCAGAAAAAAGAGCUAGGGGAAAACAAUUCGCAAUCAACAAAUCUGACAGCAGUUGAGAAUGCAGAAAAGUUCCUUCAUGACGAUCACGUUAAAAAUGUCGAGACACCAAAGAAAGUUGCAUUCCUUAAACAAAAGGGUCUGUCUAUGGAAGAGAUAAAAAAGCUAAUGGCGAGCUCAUCCAAAGAAGCGUUCGCCAGUAGUACGGUUAAUAAGCCAGCCCCUCUAGAGAUUAGUUCUACUAGCAAAAGCACAAUUCCAGCGCAAGAACCCACAGAAUCACCAUCCAAACAUCCUAUCAUAACCUACCCUGAGUUCCUUGUGAGUCAGUCGACCGGGAAAAGGCCUCUCAUUACCACAUCGAACAUUUUAACCAUAAUUUAUGCUUUUUCUUUCAUUUCGACAUCCUGUUAUGGUAUUUUUCAUUACAUAUAUACACCGAUGAGAAACAAACAAAGCGAAUCUCGUCAUGAUCUAUUUAACACAACUAUCCUCAAGCUAGGAGAUCUCUGUAAGCGGCUCGAGAGAAUGGUCUCUGUGAUUCCGCAAUUUAAUUCGAAUAUACGCUUGAACAAAAAUGAUGAAAAUCUGGAUAAUUCAAACAUCGAAGAUCCAACAGAACUUUUCCAUCGAGAUAUAGGGAUUCAAACCUCUUAUCCUUCUCCUGUGAGCAAAGAGUCUCAAGCUCAGGAUACCAGUAUUCAUCAGAUAUCCCUCCCAAAUCAAAUGAACAAGCUUGCUUCACUCCACAAUCAUAUUAAAGAUUUAAUAGAUGCAUCAACUGAUGAAUCAAAUAACUGCCUUCAGCUGGAAGGAAAAUUUGGCGAGCUUCGUAGCUAUCUCAAUACACUUGCAUAUCAGUCAUCGGGUAAUGGUUAUGGCAGCAUAUAUGACUUGAGUAGUGUUAUGGGAGGUUAUCUCGAAAAUGGUAUGGGUACUAACACAAAUCCAGAUAUGGAUGAAGUGGCGAAGAUCAGAAAAGAGAUCAAGGGAAUGAAAGGCCUACUCCUUAGCACUAAAACAUUCCCAGUCCGUGUUAAUGCCAUUGGGACUACAGCUAGUUGA